CUAAAGCGAAUUGAUCAAAUACAAAAUGGACAAAAGAGUGUUUUUACUUGCUGCACGUUUACUUUGUUUUUAGUUAAUUUACCUGGUAAAAGUUAUUUUGUUGAGGACGCUUAAUAAUCCUGUCGCCUUAAACGAUCGCUUCUUCUCUCCCAAAAAUAUGCGAUUCCAGAAAUGGGCAGCUCUGCAGCACCAUGGAAGCACCAUCUUCUCAACUCUCUGAACUCUAAUUCUCAUCUCAAGCACUCCAUCUACCUUCAACUUGCAACAGUUGCACCAAAUGGCAGGCCAUCGAAUCGCACCGUCGUCUUCAGAGGCUUUGCAGAUAAUAGUGAUAAGAUACAAAUCAACACUGAUUCCAGAUCUCGGAAGAUCGAAGAUAUAAAGUACUGCCCAUUUGCGGAGAUAUGCUGGUAUUUUACUGAUUCAUGGGAGCAAUAUCGAAUAAAUGGAAGAAUUCACAUCAUUGAUUCAACAAACCCCAAUCCAGUUAAGCUUCAGCAAAGAGAGAGAGCAUGGUUUGAUAGCUCAAUUAGAUCAAGACUUCAGUAUUUGGGGCCCUCCCCUGCUGCAAUUCCUUCUUUGAAGGAUACAUCAUUUCAGGAGCCUUCAUUGGAUCCUUUGGCUGGUCCGGUAGAUGCAUUUUGCCUUCUAGUUUUGGAUCCCGAGCAGGUUGAUUUCUUGAAUUUGAGGAGUAACAAAAGGAUCACAUUUGCCUCCAGAUGCAGCAGCAUCAAUGGAGAGAAAAUUUGGACGUCUACUGAGAUCAACCCGUGAUUUCUAUGUGAUUGAAAUCUUACCAAUUUGAAAAUUUGGACAUGGACCGUUCAAUGUUGAACGCAAGCAUUAUACGUCACCAUUAUAAUGGACACAAUCAAUCUCUUUAUAGUUAGCCGUCAGUAAUGUGGAUGGAGGUGUAUUAUAAACUGAAUUCAGUAGUCCGUUGUAUUUUUGUGUUUGAAAUGCUUUCAUAUAUUGAAUUGGAACUCUUCAACAGAAUAAAUGUUUGUAUUUUCGUUUCAGUCCCCCAAUGAAUCUAAGUAGUUGGGUUCGACAACAUAACAAGGAUUAUUAAUCAAUUUUCUGUAUCUUUUUAUAUGGUUUAUCUUGUCAUUUCAAAAAUAAAAAAAUU